AUGCUAUCUAAUCCAACAAUUAAAAAAGUUUUAUCUGACAAAAGUUUGGAAAAAGAGGUAGAACCUUUAAAAGCUGAUAAAGAUCAAUUUUUUUACAACCAGACAAAUGAUUUACUGGAUUUAAAAAAACCUUUUAUUUCGGUCGUCAAAAAAAAUAUGACUGAACUAAACGCACCAGGUCCGGAAAAAUUGGAUGAAUUAUUUUUACAAAGCUUAAAAAGUAAAGUAAAUAAAGCAAAAACUAUUUAUAUAUUGGAUGAGAUUCACGAAAAAAUUUUGUCUUCGCAAGUUAAUGAAAAAUUCACUGGGUUGGAUAUAUCAUUCGAAAAUCCUAAAAAUGUUGCAAUUGAUAUAAGAUAUAACGCAAACGAAGUUGUGUCAAAUUGCGUCUGUGCUGAUAACAAUUUAAACGGUGACAUAACAUUUUUUUCGUGUCCCCUAGUAAAAUCAAAAACUGAAUUUUAUACACCAAUCAACAAUCAUUCCGAUUUUUGUUUAAAUACAAAUUGUCACUGCCCUUAUGCAUCUUAUUCGGAAACUAACACAAAUUCAAAUUCAGCUAUCAAAAAAUUGUUUGGUUCAUAUUCGGCAUAUGACAUCAGAACCAAUACAAAAAAUUUGUUACAAAAAAAGCUUUCAUACAUUAACAAUAUUUUUCCAAAAGUGUGUAUUCAAGACGAAUCUGGUGGAUCAUUUGAAACAGAACAAUUAAAUAUAUUUACCAGUAAAAAUAGCAAUGUGCUAGUAAAUACGUGCACAAAACAAGAAUUAGACCAAAGUUCAUCAGUAAACUGUGGAGAAAAUGAUAUCUCAAUUGAAAAUAAAAUGGUACAUGCAUCAGCUAGAGAAAAUAAUACAACUGAUGAAUUGAGGGCGAGCCAUGAAAAUUCUUUACGUCAGUCAUCCGAUAGCAAUAGUCUGCAUCUGAAAUUUAUUUGCGAUAAAAGAGAAUCAAAGUGUAAAUUAGCGUUAUGUGAAAAAUUGAAAAAUGUAAGUCGGCUUUCGAAUUCAAAUCUUAACCGUGAUGAAAAUCGCAUUAUCAAUUUUGGAGUGGUAAAUUUUAGCGAUAGUCCACUCAGAAAUAAACGUCCAAAUUGUAAUAGUAAUAAUUGUGACGAAAAUGUUCACAACUUAAAAGAUGUUUGUUUUCAGGGUUGUCCAUAUAGAAUCGGUCGUUCAAAUUCUAAUUGUGACGACAACUGCGUAAACAGUUUGCAGGAUGUACGUUCUCGCAACAGUCUACCUAAAAGUCAGCUUUCAAACAUGAAUAAUUAUAGCGACAAAAACCAUUCUUUGAAAAAUGCGGAAAAAUAUAAGACGAAAAAUGUUGAAUUUAAAAAUGACGAUUCAACAAUAAACCAAUAUGCAAUACUUCCAACCGUGCAAAAAUAUGAUGCCGGCUCACAAACCAUAAUUAGUAAAAUAAAUAAAAAAUCCGUUAAAACAUGCACGGAUAAUGGCGACGUUCGAAGAUGCAUACAGAUUUCGAAAAAAAUUCAGUGCAAUUUACAAGAAUAUAAAAAUGACGAAAGUAAAUCAAAUUUUGAUUUGCAUAAGAAAGAAUUUUUUCAAGAACUAAGAAACAAAUUCGAAAUGGAAAACGAAAAAACAAAUUUUAACACAGCUAAACAACAAUCAACAACAGUAAAUGCUAAUAAUGUUGAAAAAAUUGUUGACGAAAAAACUAAAAACGAAAAAGACGAAAACGACUCUGUAAUGAAGAUGAUAAAUGAGAGAAAUACAAGUUUUUUCUAUCCUUGCUAUCAGGCGCCUAACAUGAUUCCCAAAUAUGCCUAUGGUGACAUGAGAUUAUUCAAUGUUAAUAAGCUUUCAAAUUGUAAUAGACAAGUGAGAAGUUCAUUUCCUUUGGACAAAUUUUGCUUGAAAAACAGAUUUUCUGAAAAUAAUUUUUUGUAUCGCAAGCGAUUUAUUCUUCCAAACACUCUUACUAUGAAUCCGUUGUACAACAUUUCUGUUAAACCACAACCAGAAAUAAACAAAGUGACAUAUUACAAUAUGCCUCAUCGAACCCCAAUAUUAUCAAACUUAUUAACUUUACCCAGAAAAAGAUCGCUCGGCCGAACAGUUUGUAGCAGGAGUACAAGUGUAUAUCCGAAGUGCAAUGUCUACAUUUGGAUAUACACACUGCAAGUCAUUCAUUUACACAAAUCAAUUGGAGUGUGUGGAACUGCAUUUUGGUCUAAGGUAGCCAAAUGA